GAGCGUGUGCAGAGCUCCCGGAACCGAGGGCCGUGUGUGCGUGCACGCAUGUGUGCGUGUGUUUGCGCGUGUUUUUCCUUCUUCCCUGGAGGUUGUGGAUGGCUGCGCAGCUGGCUGCUCCCCUAGGAUUUUUGACUUUGGGGAGAUCUGUGCUGUGAGCUCAAUCCAGCCAGAUAAUUCAUUUUGCACGGUCGGUUGUAGCAGGAAAAAAAAAAAAAAGCGCAACUGGCCGGGGGUGGGGCAGACCAAGGAAACCUUCUGGAAAUACACAGACCCAGAAGACAGCAAGAAAUGAAAGACCUGAGAAGACUUUCAUAACCUCCCCGCUGGCCCUUACGUUUUCUGGCAAGAUCUUGGAUGUUUGCUAUCUUUUCAAGUCAUUUUGACAUCUCUAGCGUGGUGUGAGCCGCUUCCCCGCUAGCUGCGUGUGUGUUUGUGCGCGCGUGUGUGCGCGCGCGCCUAUCUGAUGCAUUUGAUUGUCUUUUAUCCAACUGCCCAGAAGCAAAUGUGUUAACUCGGUGGCGAUACCCCUCCGUGCCCGGCUGCUCCCACAGCGGAAAGGACGCCCAGACCCAUUUUCCUGGCUGGAUUUGGAGCGGCUGCUGGGCUGGGGACCCAGGCGCAUGGAUCGCUUUGCCCCGAGGCUUGGGAGGCGGCAGUAUUCUCCGGCUUCCAGGUACAUCACAAGGUCAAGAGAGGGUCUCGCAGCCGUCUGGUAGCCCUGCAUAUGGACUUUCCUGGCUUGGUCAGAAGGAUAUGUACGGUUCGGUCCACAGCGUUUGAAGCCAAAAGUUCAGCCUUUCGAGCUGGUUUAUUGUACAAACAAGGUAAUGAAGAUCGCUUUUAAAACUGCUUAACAGAAUCCCCGACUCUUUCACAGCCUUUUCGCGGCUGCCUCCUCCCCACGAAAAUGUCUCUUGAAUGGCAAGGAUUUGGGUUGCAGGAGAACUUGAAGGAAACAUGAUCAAGAGGCUAUGCGAAAACAAGAACGCUCUCUUGGCUGCCCGCGGUCUGGUGGGGUUCGAAGCCGAUCUCCGGAAGGACCAGUUCCCCCCUCGCCUCUCCCUCCCCGGGCCGUGUUGGGUGUGCGUGUGCAAGUGUGAGUGCGCGCGCGCCCGGAUCCGAGUGUGAGUGUGCGUGUGUCUGUGUGUGCGUGCGCGGGCGCCCUGCCUCAGCCCGCUCCCCGGGCGCAGAGCCCCGUGUUUCCUGGGGCGAUCAGUGCGGAUCCCCCACCCGGUGCGACCUGAGGGCCAGGCGGCAGUGGCUGGGGCCACCUCUCCGACCGCCUAGCAUGCGGGUGCUGAGCGAUGGCAAAGGGCAGCGAAGUGCCGAGCGAGACCCGCGAACGGCAGUGAAAGCCACCUGGAGCCACCUUGCCGGGAAUGUACCUGCGGGCCGAAAGUCCUCCUACGACCGUCUUUCCCCCUAGAGGCACCAGGCUCUUAAAUCUGAUCUACAAUGGAAAAAUUUCUUUUCUAUCUGUUUUUCAUUGGCAUAGCAGUGAGAGCUCAGAUCUGUCCCAAACGUUGUGUCUGUCAAAUAUUGUCUCCUAAUCUUGCAACCCUUUGUGCCAAGAAAGGGCUUCUGUUUGUUCCACCAAACAUUGACAGAAGAACAGUGGAACUGCGGUUGGCAGACAACUUUGUUACAAAUAUCAAAAGGAAAGAUUUUGCCAAUAUGACCAGCUUAGUGGACCUGACUCUAUCAAGGAAUACAAUAAGUUUCAUUACACCACAUGCUUUUGCUGAUCUACGAAAUUUGAGGGCUUUGCAUUUGAAUAGCAACAGAUUGACUAAAAUUACAAAUGAUAUGUUCAGUGGGCUUUCUAAUCUUCAUCAUUUGAUAUUGAACAACAAUCAGCUGACUUUAAUUUCCUCCACAGCGUUUGAUGAUGUUUUUGCCCUUGAAGAGCUGGAUCUGUCCUAUAAUAAUCUAGAAACAAUUCCUUGGGAUGCAGUUGAGAAGAUGGUUAGCUUGCAUACUCUUAGUUUGGAUCACAAUAUGAUUGACAGCAUUCCUAAAGGGACUUUCUCCCACCUGCACAAGAUGACUCGACUUGAUGUGACAUCAAAUAAACUGCAGAAGCUACCACCUGACCCUCUCUUUCAGCGAGCUCAGGUACUAGCAACCUCAGGAAUCAUAAGCCCGUCUACAUUUGCAUUGAGUUUUGGUGGAAACCCCUUGCACUGCAAUUGUGAGUUGCUGUGGCUAAGGCGUCUAUCCAGGGAAGAUGACCUGGAAACUUGUUCUUCUCCUGCACUUUUAACUGGCCGCUACUUUUGGUCAAUUCCUGAGGAAGAAUUUUUGUGUGAGCCUCCUCUCAUUACUCGCCACACGCAUGAGAUGAGGGUGCUGGAAGGUCAAAGAGCAACACUGAGGUGCAAAGCCCGGGGAGACCCUGAACCUGCAAUUCAUUGGAUUUCCCCUGAAGGGAAGCUGAUUUCAAAUGCAACAAGAUCUCUGGUGUAUGAUAAUGGCACACUUGACAUUCUGAUAACGACUGUAAAAGAUACAGGUGCUUUUACCUGUAUUGCUUCCAAUCCUGCUGGGGAAGCAACCCAAACAGUGGAUCUUCAUAUAAUUAAGCUCCCUCACCUCCUAAACAGUACAAACCAUAUCCACGAGCCUGAUCCUGGUUCAUCAGAUAUCUCAACUUCUACAAAGUCGGGUUCGAAUGCAAGCAGUAGUAAUGGUGACACUAAAAUGAGUCAGGAUAAAAUCGUGGUGACUGAAGCGACUUCAUCGACAGCACUGCUUAAAUUUAAUUUUCAAAGAAAUAUUCCAGGAAUACGUAUGUUUCAAAUCCAGUACAAUGGUACUUAUGAUGACACCCUUGUUUACAGAAUGAUACCUCCUACAAGCAAAACUUUCCUGGUCAAUAAUCUGGCUGCUGGAACUAUGUAUGACUUGUGUGUCUUGGCCAUAUAUGAUGAUGGCAUCACUUCCCUCACUGCCACAAGAGUUGUGGGAUGCAUCCAGUUUACUACAGAGCAGGAUUAUGUCCGUUGCCAUUUCAUGCAGUCCCAGUUUUUGGGAGGCACCAUGAUUAUAAUUAUUGGUGGAAUCAUUGUUGCAUCAGUGCUGGUUUUCAUCAUCAUUCUAAUGAUCCGCUAUAAAGUUUGUAACAAUAAUGGGCAACACAAGGUCACCAAGGUUAGCAACGUUUAUUCUCAAACUAACGGGGCUCAGAUGCAAGGCUGCAGCAUAACACUGCCCCAGUCCAUGUCCAAACAAGCCUUGGGACAUGAGGAGAAUUCCCAGUGCUGUAAAGUUACCAGUGACAAUGUCACCCAAUCGUCAGAAACAUGUUCGAGUCAGGACUCUUCUACCACUACCUCUGCUUUGCCUCCUACUUGGACUUCAAGCACGUCUGUGUCCCAAAAGCAGAAAAGAAAGACUGGCACAAAGCCAAGUGCUGAGCCACAGAGCGAAGCCGUCCCAAAUGUUGAGUCCCAAAACACUAACAGGAACAACUCAACUGCAUUGCAGUUGGCUGGCCAACCUCCUGAUUCUGUCACUGAGGGGCCCACCUCUAACAGAGCACAUACCAAGCCAAAUGCUUUGCUGACUAAUGUUGACGAGAUUGUCCAGGAAACACAGAGGCUGGAGUCAAUCUGAAGAGCACCACUUGUCUCUCUCCUGAAUAAAGUUGCCACUGAUAUUUUUACUGGAUAAAAUAAAACAAUGUUUCAGUUCACAAAGGCUAAUGUUGAACUGUGUCCUAAAAGAAGUUGUCCACAGGAGCCCGUGCGGAAGUCACUGAAGCCAGCAGAACUGGCUCCUUCAGACCAUGGUUCAUCCCCUUUGAAAACCAAAUUUUUUUUUCUUCUGGCCUAGAAGUAUUUUUUUUAAGAAGGAAAUUAAAAAAAACCUUACAUUGGCAUCAAGUUCUGUAUCAAUCCAUCUUACAUUGCCAUCCAUGACUUAACAGACUGUAGAAUCUUGAAUAAUCUAUAUCACUUUAACAAAUAAAUGUUUUACU